AUGGGAACUUGUGUUUAAAGUGGAAAUUAGAAAUAAAAUGAAAGCAACACAUAUGAUUAAGUCAGACUAAAUGAAAAUAGACAUGUUUAAAUGGAUCCAGAACAGUAAUUGGAAUGGAAAAGAUAAUAAAAUAGAGAUGUAAAUAUCUGAAAUAUGCAGGAAAGUAUACUAAAACGAUAAUUAGAGGCAGAAGAAUUCUAAAAGCAAUAACUAUUAGAAAAUUAAAAUAUACAUCAUUAAAUAGUAUAAAUAAUAAUAUAUAAUUAGUAGAAAAACUUAAAUGAUUCUGAAAAUGAUUCAUCAAACUUACAAGUUGACUUAGAGUUGAGAUCAUUAAAUUUUCAAGUAUAGGAUAUGACAUAGUAAAGAAAUUCUUCUCUUUAUGAAACUGAGAAAAAAUAAUAAAGAUCAUUCACCUAAGGUUUAUCAUAACAAGAAAAAAAUGAUAAUCUAUUUUAGUAGUCAGAGACAAAUAAUAAAUUGAUUGAUUUUCUGUCUAAAAGUAAGAUAGAGGUUCUAUUAAAUCCUCUUCCUUCUCCAACUAAUUUAUAAGGAAAUAUUGAAUUUGGUGUAUAUGAAGCAUUUGAUAGUGCAGAAAUCACACCAUUAGCAACUCCAAAAUAAGAUAUAGAAUCUGAAUGUGAAGAAUUAAAAGAAGAAGACCCACUAUAUUUUGAAUUAGAAAUUGUGUAAGUUAAGAAAGAAGAGGUUCUAUAACCAGAACAAUAAUCAUUUCAUUCCGAAUAAAUAAAAUCAUAGGUAAUUCUUAAUAAUUCACUCUUUUAAUAACAUUAAGAAGAUACAAUAUCUUUAGAAGAUGACAAUCCUCAAGAAGUAUAAUAACAAAUUCCUCCUCCCUAAGAACGAUAAAUUAUUCUUUAAUCCUCAAGAGGAGAAUAAAUGAUUAUGUCCUUUGCUCCAAAUUAAUAAUAAUUAUUCAUAAAGUCUUAAUAAAAAUCUUAAUCUGAAAAUGAGGUUGAAAUUGAAAUACUAAAUCAUAAACCAAGUUUAGAAAGAGCAGUCCCAUCAAAUACUGAUAUCCUUAAUAUAUAAAAUGAACAUGUAGUUGCGUUGUCUCUCUAAUUGGAACCAAUAAACAUAAAUAUUGAUAUGAAUGCUUGUGAAAUGUUGGGUCCAUAUUUAAUUCUAGACACUGGAGAUAUUUAUGUAGGUACAUGGUAAAUGGGUAAAAGACAUGGGUUUGGGAAAUAAAUAUUUUCUAAUGGAGCCUAUUAUGAAGGAUAAUGGCUAAACGAUUUUUUAAAUGGAUAUGGCAGAUAUAUUUUUUAAAAUGGUGAUUAUUACUCAGGAGAGUUUGUUCAUGGGGAAAGAGAAGGUGUUGGAGUAUUGGUCUAUUAAGAUGGUUCCUCAUAUGAAGGUAAAUGGUUAAAGAAUUAAAAAGUAAAUAUAAUAAUAAUAUUUAAAGGAUGGUGAGGGAAGAGAAUAAACUGGAGAUGGUAAUAUCUAUAUAGGAUCAUUCAAAGCUAAUAAAAAGGAUGGUAAAGGUAGAUUGGAAUAUGUAGAUGGAUGCAUUUUUUUAGGGAUGUUUAAAGAAGGUUAGAUUAGUGGAAAGGGAACCUAAACUUGGCCAGAUGGAAAAAGAUAUGAAGGAGAAUGGAAGGAUGGGAAAAUGCAUGGUUAAGGAGAAUUCAUAUGGGGAGAAGCAAAGACUUAUAAAGGAGAGUAUGUAAAUAAUGUGAGGUAAGGAUAUGGAGAAUACAGUUGGCCAGAUGGGAGAACAUACAAAGGAGGAUGGAAGAAUGGAGUUAUGCAUGGGAAAGGUUUAAUGAUUUGGCCUGAUUAGAGAUUACAGAAAGGGAUUUGGAUCAAUGGAUAAAAACAAAUUACUAAAGAAGAAUAGGCUUUAUUAUCAAAAGUAAAGAAGCCUAAUACUGCUGAUACAUCUGUAAAUAAGACUAAGGAUUUUGGUGCUGAGGUUAAGGAACAAAAAGAACAAUAACAAAAGUAAUUUAUACCUCAAUCUAAAAUAUAAGUAAAGAAGAGCAAAACAGAAUCUUAAAAUUGAUUAAUAUUUAAUUUAACUAAAUUUAAAGUAUUUAUUUUUAAAUGGAAAACUAAUUGCCAAUAAGAAAGAAAACAUAUCAUUCAGAGUCAUAACAAGAUGAUAAGAACAAACCUAGAAUCUAUAAAAAUUAAACAGAUAAGCUUUUAACAAGCUUAUAAAAAAUUACCUUGCUGGAUAUUUUAGAUGAAUUUGCAAAAGAAUCAGAAAAUAAGAGCAUUACUGAAAUUUUGAAGGCCAUUCUUAAUAAUGUGGAGAAUAAAUAAAAGGAACCUGAGAUUAAGACAGAUUGGGAUGUAGGAAAGUAAGAUAAACCAAAUAAUAAUUAUAACUAAAAAUUUGAGUCAAAUAAUAAUUUUUAAAAUAAUAAAUUUAAAAAGAGGAAUACAGAAGGGGGUUGGAAUGACAAUCAAAGAACUGAUUAUAGCAAUAAAGAAAAUGGAAGAGGGGGAGGUUUCGAUAGAAAUGGAGGUAAUGAUAGGAAUAAACCUUGGGAAAAUAAAGAGGGUAGAAAAUAAAAUUUUUAAAGGGGAGAUAAUUGGAAAAGUAAUUAGGAAGGGUAAAAGAAUAGAGGUGGAGAUUGGAAUAAUAAAUAAGGAAAUGGAGAUUGGAAGUAAAGUGGAACUAAUAAUGAUUGGAAAGUUAGUGAAAUUAAUAAUGAUUUUAAGUCUGGUGGUAAUAAUAAUGAUUGGAAAACAAGCGGAAAUAAUAAUGAUUGGAAAAAAAGUGGAACUAAUGAUUGGAAAUCAAGUGGUAUCAAUAAUGAUUGGAAAUCAAGUGGUAUUAAUAAUGAAUGGAAGACUGAUACAACAACAGAAUAGGUUCAACCAGUUUCUUGGGGAUCACCUAAGUGA